AUGGUGAAGGCGAGGUUCUUCGGGAGCACGGACACCAUGAUGUCACCCAACUCGCCUAGGCUCGUCGUCGUGAUGCCGCGGGAGAGGGGAGAGGUGGCCAGCCGCUUUGUACCUGAGUCCGAGGACGAGGCGUGUGGAGGCGACCCCAACUCCGAGCCGUCUCCUGACGGCUGCGUCGUCCCUGACUUCGAGGAUGAGGCGUGUGGUAGCGACCCCGACUCCGAGCUGCCUCCCGACGGCUGCAUCGUCCCUGACUCCGAGGACGAGGCGUGUGGCGGUGACCCUGACUCCGAGCUGCCUCCUAACGGCGGCUUUGUCCCUAAAUCCGAGGAGAAGGCGUGUGGCGGUGACCCUACUCCGAACCACCUCCUGACGGCUGCAUCCUCCCUGAAUUCGAGGAUGAGGCGUGUGGCGGCAACCCCGACUCCGAGCUGCCUCCCGACAGCUGCUCCAUCCCUCUGGGAGGCCGCCUUUGUGGUCACCUUAAGCUUGUUGUUUUGCAUCCAUGGUCAACUAGACAAUCUUGGUUUCAUAAGCAUCGACUGUGGAUAUAUCACGAGGCCAAGCUACCCAGAUUUCAAGACAAAUCUAACAUAUGUAGCCGAUGUGGGCUUCACAAAUACAGGGUUUAUUCACACUGUUGAUGUUGGCAACCUGCAGAGGGAUCUUGCACAACGGUACACAACUGUCCGCUACUUUCCCAAUGGAACUCGCAACUGCUAUACGCUCAAGCAGCUAACACGAGGUGGCAAGUAUCUUGUGAGGGCCACCUUUGGGUAUGGCAACUACGAUGCUUUCAACUCACCUCCUGCCUUUGAUCUCUAUCUUGGGGCCAACUACUGGGUCAAGGUGAACAUUACCAACUCCAGCAGAGCAUAUGUCCAUGAGACGAUUGCAGUGUCUCCUUCUGAAUUCUUGCAGGUUUGCUUGGUAAACACUGGGUCAGGAACUCCUUUCAUCUCAGGGCUUGACCUAAGGCCAAUGUGGCACAAUGUGGCACAAUCUCUAGUUUUGCUCAGCUUUUUCCGUGAAACGGUCAGUUUUGGCUUCAAUCGCUUCCAUUUUGGAACUGAUGAGCACCACAUUAGGUACCCAGUUGAUCGCUACGACCGCUUCUGGCAGAGGUAUGAAGACAUUCCUGGCUGGGAAGAUGUUCCUGACAAAAUCAAUGGGACAGUCAAGAGCCCCCAAAACGACACCUAUGGUGCACCUUCUGAUCUUAUGCGUAGUGCAUCUACUGCGGUGAAUGCCUCAAGGAUGGACCUGCCAUGGAGUUCUGAUGCAUCCAUGGAUGUUGGCAUCGGCCCCGAGUACAUUGUUGUGCUAUACUUUGCCGAGGUGCAGGCUAUCUCAGAUAACUUGUUACGGCAGUUCCUUGUUUCUGUGGAUAACACCCCGCUGGCUGCUGCAUUCAGCCCACGGCACAUGUUGGCUGAUGUUUUCUCGGGAACUGUGCUAGGCUCAGACCAGCAUAGCAUCUCCCUCAUUACAACAAUAAUCUCUGACCUUCCACCUUUGAUUAGUGCCAUGGAGAUAUUCUUAGGGCGGACACUGAAUGAGUCUUCCACUGGCUCCUCUGAUGCCAUUGCCAUGAUGACUAUACAGACAAAGUAUUCUGUGAAGAGGAACUGGGAGGGUGAUCCUUGUGCUCCCGAAGCUUUUGUAUGGGAUGGAUUGAGCUGCAUUCAUACUUCCAUCGGAGACAUCCAAUAUAAUCCUAGGGGUUUGCACAGAAUAACAGCUUUGAACUUGUCAUUCAGCGAAUUGAUUGGUGAUAUUGAUGCUUCCUUUGGUCAGCUUUUGUUGCUCCGACACUUGGAUCUAUCUUACAAUAACCUGUCAGGAUCAAUACCUGACUUUCUGGGUCAAAUGCCAUUGCUUACCUUUCUGGAUUUGUCAAGCAAUAACCUCAGUGGAACAGUUCCAACUAGUCUGCAAGAAAAAUCUGACAGUGGGCAGAUGAUACUAAAGACUGGAAAUAACCCCAACCUGUGUGGAAAUCAUACAUGCGACCCCAUUUCUAACAAAAACAAGAGGAACAAAUUUAUAGGUUUUGUAAUAGCUGCUGCCAUAGUAGCUACGGUGUUCGCGCUGUCCCUAUCUGCACUUUUCAUUUGGUACAGGAGAAGGAAGACAAACCCAGAUGUGCUUCCUGAAGCUGAUCCAUACAAGAGUCGGAGGUUCAAGUACAAGGAACUCCAAGUCAUCACGAAUGACUGGAGAAAUGUAAUUGGGGAGGGUGGAUUUGGUCAUGUCUAUGCUGGUCAAUUGGAGGAUGUAACUGACGUUGCUGUCAAGGUUGAAUCACAAACAUCUUUGCGAGGGAAUCAUAAGCAGUUUCUGGCAGAGGUUCAACACCUGACCAGGGUUCAUCAUAAGAACUUGGUGUCCUUAAUUGGCUACUGUAACGACAAGAAACAUCGAUGCCUUGUCUAUGAAUACAUGGAUGGGGGAACCCUGGAGGGCCGGCUCAGAGGUCGUGAAGAUCCACCUGAACCACCCCUUACCUGGCUGCAACGCGUUAACAUUGCACUAGGAUCUGCCAACGGAUUAAAUUACCUGCACACGAUGUGCAGUCCACGGUUGAUUCACAGGGAUGUCAAGGCGGGAAACAUCCUUCUGACAGCAAACCUUGAAGCAAAGAUAUCUGACUUUGGGUUGACAAGGCCUUCCAUCCAUGGGACAGUGGAAACACGCACCAUCACCCAACUGGCUGGCACUCCAGGAUACAUGGACCCAGAAUCCCUUCAAGCUAGUCAUCCAAGUGAGAGCAACGACGUGUACAGCUUCGGAGUUGUUCUUAUGGUGGUCAUCACAGGGAGAACAGCGAUCGUCACCAUCAAUGGCACAGAGAAGAACCUUGCACAGUGUGUGCGUGACUGGCUUUCAAGCGGAAGAGGAAUCGAGGCUAUCGCUGAUCCGAUGAUACGAGAUGAUUGCAAUCUCAGCUCUGUAGAGAUGGUGGCACAAUUGGCACUGGAUUGCACGGAGCCCGCUGGGCAGGACCGGCCAACUAUGGCGGAUGUUGUGACCACACUGACGGAGAGCUUGCAACUGGAGAUGUCGUGGUCGUCGCCGCACUCCAUGAGAUCCAGCACCACCAUCUCAUCAUCAGCUGGGUUCACCGGUUCAGGGCGUGCUGAUCAUGACGCCGCUGCUGACUCCAUUGCCGUGCUUCAAGUAGAACAGGCCGUCGUGGAAACAUCAACAAGGGGCUUCACAAUUCUGGAUAGGGCUCCACGCAGUCAAACGUUGGAUGAACUCAUGAACACCGGAAGCGAGUUCUCCAUACAUGGCCAGUAUGUCUGGUUACCUUGAAGCAGCUGUUAAAUAGAUAUGUGCAAAUGGAGAAUGGGACAUUCAGCUUCACAGGACACUUGGUGAAUCUGAGUUGAGGAGCUGGAAUGAACUGCAAAAUAUUCUGGAUAUGAAACAAGAGAUCAUUGUUAUUUUUUCGAACACGCUUUAAGCGUCGAUGUAUUAGAAGCUAUCAAAGUUCAUUUACACGACCGCACCAUAUGCUAGCAGCAGGCACCGCCACCAGAACGUUGUACAAAAUGCAAAAGUUUAGCGGUGCAAGCUAAAGUUUCAGGGAAGAAUUCAAGCGGCAGCCUAGCUUAAGAAAAUGAAAUGGCUAAGAGAACCACACUCUAAGCUAUGUCGGGGAAAGUGAGACAGUUAACCACACCUACAGUGUGUGGCUAUAUGCGCUCCUUCACAGUUUAUGUGCUGUUGUUUGAGAAAUGCAUACAAAUGGCGAAACCUACCAACCUUGCUUGAUAA